AUGUUAAAGUUGGGAGUUUAUGGGCUACUUUUGAAGUUUUGUUUAACAAAGCUUGACGAGAAGGCAAUUUUCCUGUUCAUCACAUCAUCAAACGUUGAAAUCCCUUCACGCUUGCAGAGUUUUGAUUCGACCAAGAUGACACCUGUUGGCCCUUUUGUGAAAGCUGCUCGACCUGAUGAUGCAUCUUCAAAAAAAUCCAGUGAAAUCCAAAGCAAACAUCAGGGAGGAUGUCCAAUGAGUAAAGAAGUCCAAAAUAAGCAUCAGGGAUGCCCAAUGAGUAAAGAAGCCCAAAAUAAGCAGCAGGGAUGCCCAAUGAGCAAGGAAAACCAAAACAAACAGCAGGGACAAGGAUGUCCAAUGAGUAAAGUCAAGCAAGAUUCCGAAGAAUCCAAAUCUAAUGUCAUUUCCCCAAAAUGCCCCUUUGGAUAUGAUUCUCAAACAUUCAAAAUCGGCCCCUUCAGUUGCCUGAUAUGCCAAGCCCUACUCUUUGAAUGUAGCAGAUGUGUUCCUUGUACUCACGUGUUUUGCAAAGCAUGCAUAUCAAAGUUCAAUGAUUGUCCUCUAUGUGGAGCUGACAUUGAGAAGAUAGAAGCUGAUGCAAAUCUUCAAAGUGUAGUUGACCGGUUUAUCGAAGGUCAUGCUAGAAUUAAAAGGUCUCCUGUGGAUACAGAUGAAAAGGAAAAAGAAAUAAUUGGUGAGAAGAAAACAGUGAUAUAUGAAGAUGUCUCAUUGGAAAGAGGUGCUUUCCUUGUACAACAUGCAAUGAGAGCAUUUCGUGCUAAUAAUGUAGAAAGUGCAAAAUCAAGACUUAGUUUAUGUGCACAAGAUAUAAGAGAACAGCUGGAAGUAGCAGGGAAUACAUCUGAGUUAUGCUCACAGUUAGGAGCUGUUCUUGGUAUGCUUGGUGACUGUUGUCGUGCAAUGGGAGAUGGCAAUUCUGCAGUUGGAUAUUUUGAUGAGAGUGUCAAUUUCCUUUCGAAAGUGGGAACAGAUGAUCUAGAGGUUACACAUACACUUUCGGUUUCUUUGAAUAAAAUUGGGGAUCUGAAAUAUUAUGAAGGUGAUUUGAAAGCUGCAAGGGAUCAUUACUUUCGGGCUCUUGAUGUUCGUCGAAAUGCUAUAAAAGAUUCUUCAAAAGCUCCAUCACAGGUUCUAGAUGUGGCUGUAUCCCUUGCAAAAGUCGCUGAUGUGGAUAGAAAUCUUGAUGCCGAGGAUACAGCAAUUGAAGGGUUUCAAGAAGCCAUAAAUUUGCUGGAAUCUUUGAAUAUAAAGUCUGAAGAAACUGCACUGGAACAACGGCGUGUUUCUGUAUUGGAAUUCCUAAAUGGUCAACUCUCCAAAAAGCAAUCCAACUGAGAUUCAAAUCAGAAUGAUGCUCUAUUUUGCACAUCUCAAGAAGCUUUUAAUUGAGUUCAUGAAUGAUGAUAUGAUAUGGGUUCUUUUGGACCCUAAUACUAAUAGUAAUAUAUAUGGAGCUAAGUCGGACAUUGCUCAAGAAUAAUAUCUAGCUCCUCGUUGCUAUGCU